AUGGAGGGGAGGGGGCUCCGGUGGGGGGUGGGGCGGGGGCCCAAGCCGCGGAACCCAGCGGGAGCCAGCACCUCUGCUCGCCACGCUCCGGUGUCGCCUCGGCACCCUUCUCGCCCCACGCGCGCCUCCGGGGGGCCCCUCCCCCGCGCCGCAGCCCUGGGUGCAGCCAGGCGGCCGUGCCUGGACCGCGGGAAGGGGUGGAGGUGGGGGCGUGAGGCGGGGAUAGGGACCGGGCCCGGCGACGCCCGCGAAGACUGGAGUCCGCUGCAGCCGCCACCGGAUCCCGGGAUGGGGCGAGAGGCUGCGCCGGAAGCCAGCAUCUCCCAGCCUGGGGCUCGUGGGCCGCGGAGCCAACGCCGCCGCCGCCUCCGCUGCUGGAGGCAGCGGCUGGAGAUGGGUGAGUUGACCCUGGCGUCCCGGGGGACCCGCACUGCAGCCCCUCUAUCCACGCACUCCUGGCCCUGCGCCUCCAUCUCCGUGCUCCCGGCACAACCCCCACCCCACGCUGUCAGGGCUCCCACAGCCCUCUCCCUCCCUGAGAGUGACCCCAGGUGCCAGAGCGGGAGCCCCAGGCCCUGGGGUUGGGCGCUUCGAGACAGGGAGGUGGGGGCGGGAUGCCAGGAAGACUACUCGGCUCCGACGCGCCCCCACCCAGGCCCAGCGCAGUGCAGCGAACGGAGGGGAGGGUGCUCCAGUGGGGGUGGGGGGGGUGGGGGGGUGCCCAAGCGGCGGAACCCAGCGAGAGCCAGCACCUCUGCUCGCCGUGCUCGGGUCUUGCCUGGGCACCCUUCUCGCCCCACGCUCGCCUCCCAGGGGGCCCCUUCCCCACGCCGCGUCCCGGGGUGCAGCCAGGCGGCAGUGCCUGGACCGCGGGAAGGGGUGGAGGUGGGGGCGUGUGGCGGGAAUAGGGGCCGGCCAGGGGCCGCGACGCCCGCGAUGCCGGGCGCCAGCCUCAGCCGCCGCCAGAGACUGAGAUGGGGCAAGAGGCGGUGGCGGACGCCAGCAUCUCUCUGCCGGGGGCCCUGGGGGCUGCGGAGCCGCCGCCGCCACCGUCCCCGCCGCUUCUGCCUCCGCUGCUGAGACCAGACUGGAGAUGGAUGGGGGAAUGGAGGCUCUGUCUUGUUAACGACCACCCAUCCUUUGCCUCUCGGCUUGAGCAUCCGUUCGUUGUGCAGGGAGGCUCCUUGCUGUGGGCUGGGCAGAGCACCACUUCUCUUUCUUCGGUGUGUUUGCUGUGGCGUGUUCCACUAGGCCGUGAGUUCCCUAUCCUAUAGGAGCUUGAAUGAAUGACUGAAUGAAUGGAUGCAUGAAAAUGAAUGAGUGAGUGACUGACUUUCAGCCCCAGGGAGCAUCCCUGUUCUUUUACCCAUUCCUCCUCCCUUUCUAUCCCUGUGGGAAGAGACCGACCCUCCAGAGGGCAGCCUCACACCAUGGAGGGAUGGUCACAGGGACCCUGCUUAGCCACACCUGCCAGAAGGGAAGGGGAAGUGAGGCUUUGGGCGGGGCUGAAAGCAGGCAUGGUAGAAGGGUAGUGGACCAGCCUCCUGUGGUCUAGAGCGGGGCUGACAUGGGCCCACAGCCCUGCCUGUAACCCAGGAAGUUAACGGGGUCCCAAAAUACUUUUCCUUGCACCGCCCCAAGUGGAAAUUCCCCUGUUGGCCCACUUAUUUUCAUUUUAUCUAGAGAAAUAAAGUUGGAAAUAAUCAUUCACACA